AUGAAGGAGGUGGGUAACGGGCGUCAUACUUCUUUUUGGUAUGAUAAGUGGUGUGAUUUGGGCGUUCUGGCUGAGAUACUUGGAGACAGAGGUAUCAUAGAUAUGGGUGUUCGUAGGGAAGCAACGGUAGAAGAAGUAUUAAAUAAUCAUCGGAGGAGAAGGAGGCAUAGGGGAGCUUCUCUUCAAGAUAUUGAAAAAGAGCUGGGGAAACUUGCUGAGAAGCAGAGUAAUUCAGAGUUGGACAAAGAUCUGUGGCGCUGGUCCUCGGGGUUUAAGCAAAAAUUCUCUACCAUGGAGACUUGGCAGUUGAUAAGAGAGACGGGGCUGCAGUGUGACUGGGGAAGCAGGGUCUGGUUCUCCAAAGCUACUCCAAAAUUCGCUUUCAUAACCUGGCUUGCUUUCAAAGAUAGACUUUCAACUCUGGAUCGCGUCUCUCGUUGGAGUCAAGGAAUUGACACUACAUGUGUACUCUGUAAGAAUGCUCCGGAAACGCGAAGCCAUAUUUUCUUUGAAUGUGCUGUUUCCUCUCAUAUUUGGGAGCAGCUCACCAAAGGGAUAAUGCGCAAUUCCUAUUCUAACUCAUGUGAGACUGUAAUGCGAUUGAUCUCGGCUAGCAUGGAGAAGAAGAAGCGUUUCUGCAUCAAUUAUGCUCUUCAAGUAGCUAUGUAUUUCUUGUGGAGGGAACGAAACAAGCGGCGUCAUGGGGAACCACCGAUGCCACUGUCUGUUAUGCUCAAGCUCAUUGAUAAGACCAUCCGAAAUAAACUCAGUUUGGUGCAGGGGAAACGAGUAAAGGGUCUUGAAGAAGUGCUGCAGUUCUGGUUUAGUACAAGACUGUAA